CGCAUUCUGCCUGCUCCCAUCACUUGUUUAUAUCACCCUAUUACAUAUACAUUGAAACGUACUGUAUCAUUGAAUCGAGAUGCCUAUCCAGCAACCAUCAAAUCAAAUAAAGCUCACAAAUGUAUCUAUCGUACGCUUGAAGAAGGGUGGUAAACGGUUCGAGAUUGCCUGCUACAAAAAUAAGGUGCAGGAAUGGAGAAACGGAGUUGAGACGAGUUUAGAUGACGUCCUCCAAAUUUCGAACGUCUUCAUGAAUGUAUCCAAAGGCGAGGUUGCCAAGUCUAACGAUCUCCAAAAAGCAUUUGGUACCUCGACGGUAGAUGAUGUUGUGAAGGAGAUCUUAAAGAAAGGCGAAGUUCAAGUGGCAGAGAAAGAACGUGAACACGAUCUUGCUACCCUCCGCAAGGAGAUUGCUACAAUAGUCGCUGAGAAAUGCGUCGAUCCGGCCACUCAACGUCCAUACCCUGUCGGAAUGAUCGAAAAGGCCAUGGCUGAAGCAGGUGUGAGUGUGAAAGCGGGGAAGAAUGCUAAGAGUCAAGUAGCAGAAACACUGCGACUCAUCCAGGGUCACUCAACACUACCAAUUCAACGUGCAAGGAUGCGGGUGCGCGUCGUUCUCCCGGCUGCCGAAGGAGAGCGUUUGGAGGAACAGCUCCGUGCGUUGGCUGAGACGGUCGAGAAAGAAGACAAGGGGGAAUCCUGGGAAACUGUUAUGCUUAUCGAGCCCUCGCAAAUCCGCGCAAUCAACGAACUAUUGCAGAAGGAGUGCAAAGGAAAGGGGCGCGUUGAGACACUUACCUUUGCCGCAACCGCUGACAACAAUUGAACCAUUGAUUAUCGCAUCGGUGUAUCCUCCCGAUAUUCAAUAAUGCCGAUCGGAAUAAGUCGAUGUUAUCAUUGCUGCGUCAUUAUCUCACAUCCAUGAGUGAAUUUGCCCUUAGCAGAUCUUAUUGGUGUUUCUAAUUUCAAAACAACCGACGAAGUCUUUGCUGUUCUAGGCAUCAUCAUGAGGUCGUCCGGCAUUUGUAUCCAAAGUUAUAACUUAUAUUGCUUGAUUCACCAUGUCUAUCAGGUGCGUUGGCAUCAUGCACAUUUGUAAGGGAAGUAUGCAAG